CACACACACCCCACACACACACAUAUUCCUCCUCUGUUGUGUUUUUUGCGCAUCACAAACUGAACGCUGUCGACACUGAUGGAGGAAAAUAAAGAAAACAUUCAUUAUAUACAGGAAGUCUGUUUUCUGAUUUAUGUAACAAACACAAAAAUGUAGCUAGAAAUGUAAAUAUUGUUGAGACGUAGAUUAAAAAAAGGCAACAAAAACAUUUGAUGGGAUUAUUGUGAAAUGGGAAUCUAACCAAUGCGUAAAGAAUACAAAUUAAACGCCUGAGCGUAAUGAUGCGCAAGGCUGCGUUAUGAAUCCCAGUGAUCACCCUCACUAGCCACAGGCUCUGAAUGAACAUGAUAUUGUCUGUUUCAUUCCUCACUCUGACAUUAUCUUUUUUUUUCUUCUUUUUUUUAACCUUGGGGGCAGCAGGGCCGUUUGUUUUCUGCGCAGUUGUGUCAUUUCGCUGCGUAAAGCCGCCUUAACGCGCUCCAACGUUAAACCGGGCUGUGCGUCUGUCCGCAUAUCCGCUGCGCACACUUUGUGCGACAUAAAGAAGGCGCAUACAGGGGAGGAAGGAAGGAAGGAGGGAAGGACAGAAGGGAAGAAGGAAGGGAGCGUCGAAACGUUUCAGGACGCGCAGCAAAAUUUUAAAAAAGGGUCAAAAUGUUGAUAUUGUGUUUGAAAAGGGAGGCGCUGAGCUCUCCUUUCCGCCCGAUUGGCCGGACUUGACAGUGAUUGACGUGCUUCCAUGGCAACCGCUCAGCCAAUCUGCCAAGUCCAAUAGGAAAUCAUCGGAGGGGGCUUGACUAGCUUUUUCUCUCCCCCCUCCUCACCCCUCCCUUAAAAAUACAUCUCAGCUCCGGCUUUAAUUCUUCCCUGCAUUCAGUCCCAGGCUACCUUGAAAAAUACACCGCCGCUCGGGCUUUAAAGGCUCCAGCAUCUUCGGUCAAGUUCACCGCGGCGGAGUGAGGAUGCGGUAGCCGAGGCCCCGCGCAGCAUCGUCCCUCCUCAGCGGCGCUUCCCUCGGCUGCUCAGACGGGUUGGUCCGCUAACUUUGGGAUUUGCCUUGGUUUUUCUUUUUUUUUCUUCUUAUUCUUCUUCUUUCUUUUUUUCUUUUUGGGGUGCCUUGGAUUGCCUCGGCGCACGGAGAGAAGACGAGGAGGAAAGAGAGAGAGAGGAAAAGAGAGAGAGAGCGAGAGAGAGAGAGAGGGGAGGGGGAGAGUGGAAACCCAGGAGAAGCCUCCAUGUUUCAGCUGCCCAUCCUGAAUUUCAGCCCGCAGCAGGUCGCCGGGGUCUGCGAGACUCUGGAGGAGAGCGGCGACAUCGAGCGCCUCGGCCGCUUCCUCUGGUCGCUGCCCGUCGCGCCGGCGGCCUGCGAGGUCCUCAACAAGAACGAGUCGGUGCUGAGGGCCCGGGCCGUGGUCGCCUUCCACACCGGCAAUUUCCGCGAACUCUACCACAUCCUGGAGAACCACAAGUUCACCAAAGAGUCGCACACGAAGCUGCAGGCGCUGUGGCUGGAAGCGCACUACCAGGAGGCUGAGAAGCUGCGGGGCCGCCCGCUGGGGCCCGUGGACAAAUACCGGGUCCGGAAGAAGUUCCCGCUGCCCAGAACCAUCUGGGACGGAGAGCAGAAGACCCACUGCUUCAAGGAGAGAACCCGGCACUUGUUGAGAGAGUGGUACCUGCAGGAUCCGUACCCGAACCCCAGUAAAAAGAGGGAGCUAGCACAGGCUACUGGACUCACACCCACACAGGUGGGAAACUGGUUUAAGAACCGGAGACAAAGAGACAGAGCGGCGGCUGCGAAGAACAGGCUACAGCAGCAGGUUCUCUCCGGCGGCUCGGUUCGCUCCUUGGCGGAUGAGGACGGCACGGUGGACCGCCUGGGGAACUCCUCCAGCCCGGAGGCCAGCCUGUCCAGCAAGGCGGCCGCCUCGGCCAUCUCCAUCACCUCCAGCGACAGUGAAUGUGACAUCUGAGCAGCGCGAACUGACCGAUUAAAGGGGGAAAAGACAAUCCAAUAAAACAAGUAACAGUGCCUGCUUCGAGUUAAAACACACACACACACACACACACACACACACACACACACACACACACACAC